CGGACUCUGGAGCAGUAAGACGGCGAUUUUUUAAAUAUCAAAGGAAAAUGCAUUUUUACAUUAAGCUAUUAAUUUUAAUUGUUGUUUCGGUAACAGCAUUGGCAGAUAACUGCAACUUUAGAGACCCCCACAAGCGGGUCCGUGACCAGGACAAAAUACGAGGAUGUAACCGAAAGGAACUAUGGGAUACAAAUAUCAAGAAUCCUCACAAAAAGCAUCUGACUCCUCACCAGCUAUCCUGGUUGAACUCACUGUCCAGUCUGAAGAAUAGCCAUCGUACUGGUGAGCCUGGUGGGAGAGCGAAGCGACAAACAGUCCGAAAAUUGAGAAAAGAAUACAGGGCACUUUCACAGGCUGAGCGAGAUUCAUAUCACAGUGCCGUUUUGCAAUUGCAGAGCGCCGGAAAUUACGAAACAUUUGUGACUGCGCACAGGGCUGCUUCAGGGGCACAUUUCGGUGCCGCAUUUUUACCAUUUCACAGGGAAUUUAUAUCAAGAUUUGAAAAAGCACUUCAACAAAUUAACCCCGAUAUAUCUUUACCAUAUUUGGACUCAAGAUUGGACCACAGACUUGGGUCUGAACAUGGAUUUUCUGGCUUGUGGGAUGAUCUAUUAAUGGGUGACCACGUUGGUGUAGUGGGCUCUGGACCAUUUGCAAACUUUCCCCAUUCUUGCAACAAUAAUAGUUCCCCAUUUAUAUUGAGAGGCGUGUGCUCCUUUGUUACUAAUGGAGGUGGAAGAAGGCGAACAACUACACUGUCAUGUUCUAGUAACGAAGGGUUUUAUUCGGAUGCGGAAGUAAAUGCAGGGAAAUCAUUAUCAAACUUCGCAGACUCUGUCUGGUGCGUGGAUUCUUCCUUUGAGUUGGCGCAUGGGAAUGUUCAUGGCUUAAUAGGCGGUAGCUCUGGUGACAUGACGUUCAUCGGUUGUUCCCCAAGUGACCCAAUUUUCUUUCUUCACCAUGCGUUUGUUGACUACAUAUGGGAGAAGGCCCGGGACAAUCAGAUAAAUAAAGACACAGAUUAUCCUCGUCCGGAAGAUGUCAGUUCUGGAGUAAGGUCGUGUUUCGAUAACGACUACGCCUGGAACAGUGCCAUGACACCAUUUACUGAUAUAUUGAACAUCGAUGGAAUCGGUUUGCAAUAUAUCCCCGAUUUAUACGACUAUGCCGAUUCACCCGGUGAUAUAGAAAACUGUGCAACUUCUGGGUGCAAUUCCGACUACCUUUGGUGUAUGAGCAACGGACGAUGUGCUGCUAAAAUGGUAAACGGUGGAGAGUGCACCACUGGGGAGAGCUGUUUGAGUAAUAAUUGUGUUCAAGGUCCUAAGAUAAGGGGAAGGAGAAGGUCAACGUGUUCGUAAACUUUUUACGAUAUUUCAUAUGCUGACAAUGUAACUAAUGGCAGAUGGGAACAACUAUGAAGAAGAGCUGUGAAUGAUAAUUGACAACAAUUCAAACGAGGACAAUGCAUUCGUACAAACCAUAUAAAAUCAAUGUAAAUCAUUAAUGUUUGUGUGUGUCUCAGUGUCGGUAUUGUCGAUAAUAUUUUCCAAGGUGGAAAUGUAGUUUCGGUGCUAAGUUAAAGCUUAUUUUUUCGGAGAGUUGGAUUUUUAUCAUCCUGAUCCUGACUUUACUUCAAAGAAAACCUAUUAUUUCAAUGAAAAUGUUGUUUUUAUGGUCAGAAUAUAGUCAUGCUCAAAGACUGUUUUAAAUCAUUUGCCAUAUAAUAUCACACGUGGUCUUUUGC